AUGGGUGCCACUAAUGAAACUGAGGGGAGAAGAUGCUCCAAAGCCAGUUCCAGAGUGCCCGGGGCGUUCGAGGAGCCAGUCAACCGGCUCCCCGCUGCAGCCGGCUCGUCCCUCUCUGGGAACAACCCAGAGAGAGGUGCGUGCGGAGAUGGGUGGGCAUCGCAUCUCGCAUCCAUAACUGUUGCUGGAGCAUUUCCUCCAAGUCUUACCUCGAAGGGGCGUCUCCCCGUUUACCCACGUCCUUCUUGCCUGGCUGCUUCGAGACUUUGCAGGCGAAAGACUGGCGCCGGGUCCGCCCUCGUCCAUGUCACUGGAAAACCCCGGGAACCUCCCAGACACAGCGCAUUUCCCGGAAACCGCCUUUCCAAGCAGGUUGCGGGAAGGCCGGGACUCUACAGCCAGACACCCGGUCGCAUCCCAAGAAGAGGGUCGGGGCUGCGGGAGCCGCUCCUACGGAACCCGCGAGUUGCGGCGGCUUCACGAAUAUUCUGGGGCGCAGAAGCCCAAGCGCUGCCGGAGGGCGCUCUGGGGGAGGCGUCCGCAGAUAAAAGCCCGGCUGCGGCGGAAGCCCCAGGACGCGCCGGCUGGGCUGGGCCGGAGGAGGCGAGGCGAGCUAGCGGGUGGGACCGGCCAGGAAGCCCGGGCGGCGAGACAGACAGCCAACGCUCCCGCGGGACGCAAGCCCGGGAGCCGCGCGUGCCGAGCGCUCUGCGCUCCGGAGAGGUUCCCCCAACGCUGCAGCCGCGGGGCCUCUCCAUCCGGCGCCCAUUGGUCCCCGCGGGGGCCUGGGAGCCUGGAGCGGGGCCGCAAGCUGAGACCCUGAACGCGCGGGGUGCCCGCGCCCAGACCGGCCGGGGAGGAGGCGCAGCGCGGCGAGCCUGGGGACUCGGAGCCGGACUGGGAGCCUCCCAGCGGCGCAGCCUGCCCGAGCACUGGCGCCUGAGGCGGCCCCGCGCCGGCGGCGAAGGACGCGUCCCCAAGGGCAGACUGACUGACCGGCGGGCGGAACUGGAUCCAGUCCGCUACCCCGCUCUCCUGCCCCCGGCCCGGCCCGGCCCGGGACCCGGUCCCCGGCGCCAUGGACAAGCUGCCGCCAUCCACUCGCAAGCGGCUCUCCAGCCUCCGGCAGCAGGUGGGGGCCAAGGCGUGCACCCUGGACGAGGAAGAGGACGCCGAGGAGGAGGGGGCCGGGGACCGCCACGACCCCAGCCGCAGGAACAUCCAGCUGCGGACCCUGUGCCCUGCCCUCGCCCUCGACGGCCGCGGGUGACGCGGUUUCCCGGAGCUCGGCUCUCGGGGCAGCGGACAGCGAAGGGCGGGCCCGCGGCCCAGGCAAGUCCAGCACAAACGGCGACUGCAGGCGCUUCCGCGGGAGCCUGGCCUUGAGGGGCAGCCGAGGCAGCUGAGGCGGCGGCACGGGGAGCGGCAGCAGUCACGGACACCUGCAGGACUCCGCGGAAGAGCGGCGGCUCAUCGUCUAGGGCGACGCUUCACCCGGCGAGGGCAGGACGUCCCCAGGCCUGGCGGCCGAGCCGGUGAGCCCCGGCGGGUCGGUGCAGCCCGCAGCCUCGCCACCGCCGCCGCAGCAGCCACCGCAGCGGGCCUCCGCCUCCUGCGAGCAGCCCUCUGCGGACACCACUAUCAAAGUGGAGGAAGGCGCGGCCGCCGGCGACCAGAUCCUUCCGGAGGCCGAGGUGCACCUAGGCCAGGCCGGCUUCAUGCAGCACCAGUUCGGGGCCAUGCUCCAACCCGGGGUCGACGAAUUCUCCCUAAGGAUGUUCGGCAGCCAGAAAGCCGUGGAGCGCGAGCAAGAGAGGGUCAAGUCGGCCGGAUUUUGGGUUAUCCACCCUUACAGCGACUUCAGUUCUUCCUGAUACCAAGCCCACGGUGAUUUCAUCCAUAGCUCACUGCAGACCAUUCUGUCUAUCCCUACAUAAGCAAAGAGUCCACUAAAUGAGUCAUGUGAGAAAAGACAAUUCAGGAACUACCUCUCUGUUUCCAUCUGCCUUGCCAAUCAGUGUGUUGGAAUUAUCUUCCCAAGGAAAUCAGGAAGAAAAGCGAAGGCUAUAUCUAGAAGAGGCCUUUAAAUGCAGACCCUACAUCUCCAAUAAUGACUUCCAGAAAACAACAGUGAGACUUGCUCCUGGAAAUACCAAUCACGACCCAUAAGCACUGGUGUCCCCUGAGGGCCUACUCGAAAUACAGAAUCUCAGGCUCACUCUGACACUAGAAUGACAAUCUGUUUUCUUGACAAGAAUCCUCAGGAGGAUCCCUAACAACAGUGUAGUCCCUGAAGGGGUCAUGAGGACAAUACCACGCCUACAGGUACCGCAGGACCAAGGGCCCAUGGAAGAGUUUGGAUUUCGGCUUGCUGUGCUGGUCUUCUUUCUGCAGGAGUGACCCCCCUCGGGAUGGUCAGGUGAUUAAAAGGCCUGGGGGUGGGAGCCAGACCUCCACUACCCUAAGGCUUCAGAAACCAGGAGCACCACACAGAAGGCGGGGCCCACAGCCCAGAAGCUAGCCGAGGACACACGUGCACCAGCAGGAAGACAGACUGCAGAGAAACCGCGCUGUGGUGCACUGGCCACACAUACGUCCGGCAUACACGGCUCUCCCACACAAAUGUAAACACGAUGAAAGAUACAGACACACCUAUACAGACACACACAGGUAUGCACGCACACGCAGACACACACACAAACAGAAAGAAAGGCAAGCGGAGACAUCCGACAGUCGCAGGCAGCUGCUGAGGCUGCAGGGUCCUGCUCUCUGUUGGGAAGCACCUGGGGGAGAGAGCAGCCCCGAGGCACACAGGCGGCUGGAACCUGGAAAUCGCAGCAGGGUCAGUUUUCAAGGAGAGGCACCUUCUCCCCAGGACGUCUGAGCAGGCCUGAAGCAUCGCAGGGAUCCUUGGGGCUCGCCCUGGGCAUCCCUGAAGCUCCGCUGCAGCUUUUCUCCGCCUACCUCCCCCCUGCCCAACGACUGAAAUCGCUGGACUCUGGCGAUCAUCCCCGGGAGAGGCGGGGGGGCUUCAACCAACGCCGAGCCACGGCCACGUAGGGCCUGUGCCUUGCCAAGCCGCUGAGACGGCGGUUCCCCUGGCCACGGGGGCGGUCACUGUGACGCGAUCCCCGGGUGGGCGCUCGCGCUUGUGACACGCCGCUUGCGCAUGCGCAUCGGUGUGCUCGGCUGGCCAGCCGCGAUGUCCGUGCUCCCCCACCGGCCGGCCGCAGCUGCGCGGGAAAAUGCCGUCGGCGUUGUCCGAGGCGGCCCCUGGGAGGGAGCCUGGGUGCCACUGGCAGUGCAGGAGCCCGAUCGUCGUGACUCCACUGGCUUCCUGAACCGACUUUCCUUUUCCGGUCAGCUGAAUGGGGAGGGCGCUUCAGACCUCCACUCCAGGUGGGCAUUCGGGACUGCUCUCCCCAGGAGAUUCCGGAUCCGACGGCCUGGGCAGGGAUCGGGUCCCACCGGGCUGGAGAUUCAGUCUGGUGAGUUGUGGUGGGGGUCGCUGGACCCCAGAAAGCUACCGGAGACCCUCCGGGAGGGUGCCGGCGAACGUUCCGCAGCUCCCUGAGCUCACUGCCUCCCCUUCCACCUGGGCCACCCACCAAGGGGCCCUACCUUGCCCUCCAAGCCCAGGGACCCGUGCUUCUCCUCACUGCGGUCCAGAGAAGGGGAGGAAGAAAAACAGAGCGGUGGUGAGCGCAGCCUGCAGCAGAGGAGGCAACAGCUGCAUCCGGCCUCCCCUGGGGGCAGAUCCGGUGGAGACAGCUUCUCAGAAGCUUUCUGGGGUGAAGCCAAAUCCCGAGACGGAUGUCCAGGCAUGCCACUGAGGACUCCCAUGAAAGCCAAGCACAACACGCUAACGGAUCUUAGUCACUUUAUUGUUUUGACAGAAAACAUCAUCAUCUGGUUACCAAGUGUUUCGAUCAAAUUGCUCUGAUGGCCUAUGCACGGAGACCGACGGUCAACCUGUCCUGUCGAGAGAAAAUGAAUUCCCAGUGUUAGAAAUGCAGAUUCUCACUCUCAGGGAAACCUAAGUCCAGAGUGGAACCGUGUGUGGGAGGUUAAUCAGUGGAUGAAAUGUGUUUCUGAAGGGCGGUUUGCACUAAAUCCUAUGGUAACGAAGGUCCUACCCUGCCAUUUGGUUUUCCAUGUGUGCUGUGAUGAGCAAAUCAUAAAGAUGGAACCCUCAUCCCCUCCACAGGAGCUUUUAACAUCCACCUUACCUGACAGUAGUCUCCUGGUCUCCAGUCCCCUUGCAAGUUGCACAUUCAGAUCUCCAGUCUUCAGCCUGGUUCUUCUUUUGCCAUGCAGACCGUCUUUGUCUUCUCUCUCUAGGUACUUCUUCCUGCCAUACAAGGCCUGGUAAAAGAAAACACAGUAAGGAUAUAAGGGAAACAAUUUUCCGAAGGAAAACUUCUCAAAGGUAAGGCUGUGGAAAAGUGCGUAACUUCUUCAAGCCUCACGUUUUCCUCCCUCAGGAACGAAGCUCUGUUUUCCUCCUCUGGUUCUCUGGGGAAACGAGAACAACAACAAUGACAACAUCCAAGCUCCAGACCACAUUGAGUCUUUGCUUAAGGAAAAGAUAAGUUUCCUCCGGCAAACCUGUUUACUUAAGUUAGGCUCUUGAGAAAUUAUCUACGUCUCAUUCAUACUUUAUGGGACCACUAAAUUUUGUGACCACUGAUGCCAUGGGAAAAGAAAAGUAACAAAUUCAGUGUACUUUAUAUGUACCUUCAUAAAUGUCCGUGAUUACGAUUGACUCAGAGCGUGUCAGUUUUCCUAACUUGUCAGGUGUGGCUUCUAUAGGUGGAGUGCUAUGCCUCGGAUCGUCCUACACACUGUUUACCCACAGGUAGGCAGGAAAGAGAGAAUUCUUUAGCAGCAGAAGAAGAGCAGAAGGAAAAGUUGUCACAGCUCCUAAGUCCUACUGAAGGUAAAAGCACUUAGAAUGCCAUAGAAAAAAAUCCCCGUAAAGUCACUCACCUAAAAUUCACAUCGUGUAGUUCAGAUUGCAUUGACCACUUCAAAGAAGGCAUAAAGAUGUUUAAAGGAACCGUAAGUACCUGAGUAUUUUGCAGCCAAUCUGUUAACAAUCUUCACAAAUAACAGCAGAGCCUCUGUGUAGAUGUUGCCAUGCACACAUGCAGACCGCCGUUCAUCAGAGACUGGAAGAGAAAGCGGGGACUGCUCCCCAGAAUUACUUGGACAGCUGAGAUCAAGGAUCAUUCUUAAGCUAGAGUAGGUACUAAGUCGGUCUCAACACAAUGACACGAUACUAUAUGUCUAUUAAUGUUUUCUUACCUCAUUGUCAUUUCAGUUCUUUCUGAUACCAAGCCCACCGUGAUUUCAUCCAUGGCUAACUGCAGACCAUUUUAUCCCUACAUAAGCAAAGAGUCCACUAAACGCGUCAUUUGAAUUAGGAAUAAAAGUGAAGGCCAUAUUUAGAAGAGGCCUUUAAAUGCAGACCCUACAUCUUCAAUAAGGACUUCCAGAAAACAACAGUGAGACUUGCUCCUGGCAAUACCAAUCAUGACCCAUAAGCACUGGUGUCCCCUGAAGGCCUAUUUUAAAUACAGAAUCUCAGGCUCACUCUGACACAGGAAUGACAAUCUGUUUUCUUGACAAGAAUACUGAGGGUGAUCCCUAACAACAGUGUAGUCCCUGAAGGGGUCAUGAGGACAAUGCCACCUCUACAGGUACCGCAGGACCAUGGGCCCAUGGAAGAGUUUGGUUUUCGGCGUGCUGUGCUGGUCUUCUUUCUGCAGGAGUGACGCCCCUCAGGAUGGUCAGGUGAUUAGGAGGCCUGGGGUUGGGAGCCAGACCUCCACUACCCUAAGGCUUCAGAAACCAGGAACAACACACAGAAGGCGGGGCCCACAGCCCCUUAGCUACCCGAGGACACACUUGCACCAGCAGGUAGACAGGCUGUAGACAAAACAUGGUGGUGUGCAGUGGCCACACUUACGUCCAGCAUACACGGCUCGCACACCCAAAUGUAAACACACAGAAAUAUACACACGGAUCCACAUAUACAGACACACGUACACAGAAAGAAAGACACGCGGCGACAUCCGAUAUUCGCAGGCAGCUCCUGAGGCUGCAGGGUCUUGCUGUUUGCCGGGAAGACACUCUUUGCUUUAUUUUAUGCAAAGAAUUGGACCAGGUAUAAUAAGACUAAAGACAUAGAAAGUUCCCUUUUUUUUUUUUUUUUUUUUUUGAUACAGAGCUUUGCUCUGUCACCCAGGUCUGUCAUCCAGGCUCAGUGACCCAUAGAGAGGUCUCAGCUCACCACAACCUUCCCCUCCUGGGUUUAGGUUAUUCUCCUGCCUCAGCCUCCCAAGUAGCUGGUAUUACAGGCAUGCACCACCACGCCUGGCUAAUUUUGUAUUUUUUUAGAGAUAGGGUUUCACCAUUUCAUUCAGGCUGGUUUCAAUGCCUGCCUUGGCCUCCCAAAAUGCUGAGAUUACAAAUAUGAGCCACUGCGCUCAGCCUAGACUGGUAAAUUCUUAAUGACGAAUGUGUUAACAAAAGAAAACAUGUCAAUUUUCUGUUGUCAAGAUUAAGAUAAGUGAAUUUUUUUAUUUAUUUGAAUUCAUAAGCUUCUUAUAUAAGCUCUUGAUUCAAAUUUUUUUUUUACAAAAGAUUAUUUGAGCUACUUGGAAUAUCUGCUAAAAGAAUUACUUGAGCACUUUUUUUUAAAAAAACUAUCAUUGGGCCGGGCGCGAUGGCUCACGCCUGUAAUCCCAGCACUUUGGGAGGCUGAGUCGGGUGGAUCACAAGGUCAAGAGAUCGAGACCAUCCUGGUCAACAUGGUGAAACCCCAUCUCUACUAAAAAUACAAAAAAUUAACUGGGCAUGGUGGCACAUACCUGUAAUCCCAGCCACUCAGGAGGCUGAGGCAGGAGAAUUGCCUGAACCUAGGAGGCGAAGGUUGCGGUGAGCCAAGAUCACGCCAUUGCCAGCCUGGGUAACAAGAAUGAAACUCCGUCUCAAAAAAAAAAAAAAAAACUAUCAUCUUUCUAGUUUAUAAUUCAAUGAAGCUUUCUUUAUACCUUCUUUGUUUUCAUAAAUGCCAACCAGGUAAAAAUAACAUUUAAAAAUCUCACUUGUUAAUGGCAUUCACUAUCAUUUAUAUUUAAAUUAGUGUUCGACUCUCAUAACAUAACUAGUUAUUUUCCUUUAACAUUAACUUUUCACUAUGCUUUAAUAAAUGUCCCAUUCCAACAUUAAAAUCUUGUUUUAAAAAUUACAAUGUAAAUGCAGUUAUAAUUUUAAAAUUUUACUUUAAUAAACAUAACCGUGAAUCCCACUUUAAAUGUCAAAAAGAAAUGGGAUAGUACAUGAUCUUUCCACUUUAUUGUAACAUCAAAAAAAUCCCUGAGGAUGUGUUCCAAAAUAAAUUUUACAAUCCUCUACCAACAAACAAUUUUGAUGUUUGCUCCUUCCUUCCUCAUAACUAUGUAGGGAUCAGCCUCAGUGAGGCAGGUGUAACAACUGAGCUUUCCUGUGAGCACUUCGCAAGCAUGACAAAGACGAUUAUUUUUUCUUACCAUCACUGGGACAAUCUGGAUGUCUAAAUAAAUAACCAACAAACAAGCAAGCAUCGUUGGUAGAUAUUCUAUUUUGUAUUAUUACAUAGUCUUUAUAACAUAUCCUAUGCAAAGUUACAUAAUUUCUUUUAUCAUAUUUGAUAUUAUAAAAACUAAUUUUGAAAAUAUUUUUAUCAGCUAUUAUAGGUAAACGUAUAUGAGCUAAAUCAAUACCAAUUGCCUCUUGAUUAUUACUAAAUGCUUAUGUGUCACGAAAUGUGACAAACAGAUAUUCUUUCACAAAAGGGAAGACAUACAAUAAUAAAACUAUGACAAUAAAACGAGGUGAUUAUCGGACCCUACAUUAUGUUUAUCUUGUUCCAGGCACUACUAACUCAUUUAGUACAGUAGAGUGUGAGUGUGACUGAUCUGCUUUGAGCUACUCAUAGUUGAAACAAUAUCUUUUUUUUGGGGGGGGCAGAGUUUCGCUCUUGUUACCCAGGCUGGAGUGCAAUGGCGUGAUCUCGGCUCACCACAACCUCUGCCUCCUGGGUUCAGGCAAUUCUCCUGCCUCAGCCUCCUGAGUAGCUGGGAUUACAGGCACAUGUCACUGUGCCCAGCUAAUUUUUUGUAUUUUUUUUUUUAGUAGAGAUGAGGUUUCACCAUGUUGACCAGGAUGGUCUCGAUCUCUUGACCUCGUGAUCCACCCGCCUUGGCCUUUCAAAGUGCUGGGAUUACAGGCGUGAGCCACCGCGCCUGGCCCUGAAACAAUAUCUUAUUCAUCCUUUUAUUCCAAGUUCCUCAAAAAAGUUAUUGACUACUAUAUAAGCCUCAAUAAAUAAGUAUUUUGGAAUUGUAAAUUUAAUUGUCCCAAAUAAGCAGUAUACUUGAUGUUUUUGCGUUGGUAACUGAAUAUCAAUGACACUCAUACAUUUAUUAAAAUUGUUAUAGUUGACUUUGACAAUUAAUUGCUAUCCCUGAUAUUUAUUGCAACAUAUUUUUGAAAUAGUGACAUAGACUAAAGAAUUCUAUAAUAUUGUUACAUACCCAGUAUACGUUUGUGGUUUUCUAAAUCAUUACAUAAGGUUAUUGAUCUAUAUGUUCAGCUAACACAUAGCUAAAUUAUAAAUGUAAAGAUUGAGAGUAAAUAUGUCUCUUUAAAACUGCUGUAGUUUUGACCCUAUUCAUGAGUGCUUUAUUAUGCACUUUAUAAGCAUGAAAAUGUUACCAUUUUUAUUUUAAGUUUGAAGAUCACUUUCUGUAUUCAAUUCUGAGCUUGGAAAUUGUGUUUAGAUGUUUGAACACUUAAUUGAUCAUGCUACAUUUGUUUGAUCAUGGUUUUUUACUGCUCGGUUGGUGAUACUUUUUUGGAAAGUAUGAAAUGGAUUUGCUGCUUAGGAGUGAAUAACUUUUUAAAACAGGUUUUCAGGAAUCUUCCAGGAAGAAAAGCACAUGCUUGAUCCUUAUUAUUAUUACUUUUAACACAGUUAGAAACCCAGGAAGUAAUCAAAAAGCAAGACUUAAACUGAAUUUAAAACAUGAACUCCUAUUUGACAUUGCAGUAUUUGCAAAGAUGUUUUAGCUAUUGCAUCAGUAAAACCAAUACUCAUUUAUUUCUUAAGGUGAAGUAUUUUUUUAUUAAGAUAGCUUUGUGUAAAACUUCAGUUUGUCAAAUUUUCUGAGCAUGUGCCAAAUGCCAAUAACAAUGUAAAAAAAAUUAGGAGUAAGGGAAAUAUGGUUUUUGAGAAAUGUUGGAUGAAAUAAAUAAAAUAGUAUUUUUAGUGUU